GCGUGGGGCGACUUUCGAUCGGCUGUAAAUCCAGUCCUCAUGCAGCCCAAGAACGCGAGGCUUUACUACAAGAAAAUGUCCCAGGUCAAUCAGGAAUUUGUGCAGCGCAUUAAAGCCAUCCGUGAUGCCAGCACUAUAGAGGUUCUUGAUAACUUCAUAGACACCAUCAAUCGCUGGACCCUGGAGUCAGUCUCCGUCGUGACAUUGGACAGGCAGUUGGGACUGCUGAAGGAGUCGAACAAAAGGAUCGAAGCCACAAAGCUUUUCCACCUCUUGGAAGAUUUCUUUAAAGUAUCUGCUGAUCUGGAGCUGAAGCCCUUCGCCUGGCGCAUGUUCAAAACGCCCAAACUGAUGAAAAUUAUGAACAUUCUCGACACCAUUCUGUACAUUAUAUCGGCAUAUAUUGAUGAGGCGGUAGAGCGAUUGGAGAAGGAAGCCAAAGAGGGUGUUGUCCGUCCUGAGAACGAGCAGAGUGUACUGGAAAAGCUGCUCAAGGUCGACUAGAAGGUGGCCACAAUC